CGGGUCGCAUUGUUUCCGUUUGUUAACUUAAGCAAAAUGAUUAAUAUUCUCCGUAUCAUGACGUAAAUGUGCAUUUGGCUUUAGGCCUUACUGUAGAAAAUAUGGAAAGAAUAGGGGGCCUAUAGGGCCUACUGGCUGAGAAGAGGGUAUACAGGGAAAAUCAUGUGGUUUGGUGUGGGGGUUAAGCGACCCGCUGUGCCCCCUUUCCUUGGUUUGUCAUUGCUCGUCUAUGCAAUGCUGAGGCGCUGGCUUCUUAGAUUUUUCAAUGUGCUUCUUCGUAUGCGGGGGUGUCGUAGGAAUUCAGUGCAGUCGUCACGUUAUAAACAAACAACAGAAGUACGUCACAUUUCCUAAGACGGAAGUGUCGAACAACUGCUGCCUCGAUUUCAAUCAUCUGGGCAGAGAAUUUAGUCCUUAAAUUUCCAAGCAAAUGUUUGUAUUUAUGAAUCAAAUCCAAAGUAAGGCGGAAAAUGUAGCGUCUGAAUACGAUUAUGGCUGCAUUUCAAUUGAAUAUAUCCAAAUUCAUAUAAUACAUAUACAAAUAUUCAUCCGCCUCGUGAAGCGGAAUAGUUUAAGUUUAAAGAUGGCGGGAGAAAACGGCGACUCAAUCCGUGAUUGAGAAAAUAGUCAGCAUUUUAUCUACCUCCCGUAUUGACAGACUGUAUUACGGAAUGAGUUCCAGAGAAAGUAGCACAAGCCCUGCCAGAGUGGGAGGGUUGAGAGGUGGUGGGGAGAAGGGUUCUCCCAGUCCUACACGUAGUCGACGGAGUGAGUCCAAGUCACGCACCCCAACACCCCUCAAAGGUUUGAAGUCAGAGACAAAGAGAGCAAGCAUCCCACCUAGUCAAAACUUUACUGAGUUAAAAGCUGCUUUGAAUAAACCUGUCAAACAAAUGGACAUGGGUAGCCCACCUGCUCCACCUAGGAGAGAAACCAGAGCUGCUGUUUCCCCACUAAGUCAGUCCAGACAGAAAGUUCGACAGGUGGCACCACCUACAACGAGUACUGAUCUAUCACCCUUAUCUAGUAACGGGACAGUGCCAUUAAAGGCAAAUAAACUUAAAGAGAAACAGGGUGGUGGUAGCAUUUCUUCUAUGGUGGGAGAAACUCCAGUUAGAAUGAAGGCAAAAUCUGGCAAGACCGAUACAUCCAGUGCUGGUGAGCGAGAUGAUGAGUCCACUGACACUGACACCACAGAGAUCUACUUUAAAACUAGCAUAAGGAGAAGUCCAAAGUCCAGAGCUGACAAACAUCUUUUGAAUGGUAAUGCUUCUAGCUAUUCCUCCUCUUCAUCAGACGGGGAAUCUGUCUAUGAUGAUGAGAAGUCAGACCGUUCUCAGGUGAAAGUGAAGAAGCGGAAGUCAUCUAAGGGCUCUCCUAAAUCCCCAGUGGCCAAGAGAUUGAGAACAUUAGACAUGGAUAAAAAUGUCAAGGUUACGCCAACAAGAAGAGCCAAAACGGAGGGCAUGGCACGCUCGGCAAGCAUGAAGAAAAUACGCAAGAGAAGAAUCAUUUCAUCUGUGUGCAAUGGAAAACAUGUUGGUGGUGACUCCACAACUUGCACAGAAACUGAGCUUGAUACUGAAAAUGAGUCUGAAAGUCGCAGGAGAAGUAAGGCUGGGUCUACGCACAGUACAGACAAACCCCAGGACGACAAGACUUUCUGGGAAGGACAGGAAGUGUUGGUGACUUGGAGUGACGGCCUGUUGUAUCUGGGAACUUUACUGAAGGUGGACUCCAAAGUAGAGAAAUGUUUUGUGAAGUUUGAGGAUGACUCCUGUUAUUGGGCAUUGUUUAGGCACAUACAGAGAGGGCCCAGCCAGGGAGAGAUCCAUUGUUGUACUUGCCAAGGUGAAACCUCCGAACAACCCAACGAGAUAGUGCUGUGUGACAACUGUGGUCUGGGUUAUCACCAGGAGUGCCACAUCCCACCAAUAGAGAGUGAUAUUCUGAAGCCUGAUGUCCCUUGGCUGUGUAGGCAGUGUGUAUUUGCUACCAGUUAUAAGAAAGGAACGUAUCAAAGAAAAGGUCCCUUGAAACCAGUGAAAAGAGUUUUGCCAUAUGCUAUGAGUACAUUAAACUGGGACACCCAGCACAAGACCAACAGUGACCAGCGAUACUGUUAUUGUGGGGGGCCUGGGGAUUGGUACAUGAAAAUGUUGCAGUGCUGUCGUUGUCGGCAGUGGUUCCACGAGGCAUGUACCCAGUGUUUGAGCUACACCUUGCUGUAUGGGGACAGGUUCUACAUCUUUGUCUGCACUAUGUGUAAUGGAGGCAUUGAGUAUGUCAAAAGACUGGAACUCAAAUGGAUGGAUGUGGCCCAGCUUGCCUUGUUCAACCUUACACUGCAGCACAAUAAGAAGUAUUAUGACUUUGAUGAGAAUUUUAUGCCCUGGAUAAACCAGAACUGGGAGAGACUACAGGUCAACCAUCUGGACAGUACCACCCGUGGUGAGAGGGCCAGAACCUUGCUGGAAACACUGCAGGGGAAUAAAACAAGGUUUGCGUGGGGGCGUGAAAUCAAGAAGAAAGUGACUUUAUGGGGUCUGAGGGUGCGCCUCCCUCCCCCAGCUCCCACCGUUAUUCUCCCAGAAGAUGGACAAAUAACAGAUGAAGUUAUGAAUAACUUGCAAAUGAAAGGCAGAAAAACAAAAACUUUUGUGCCAAUUGAAAGCAACUCGCCCAUACCCCUAAAGCACCCAAAGCACCCUAAAAGAAAGUGUGACAGUGAAGAUGUAGAGGCAAGAACUAAACUAGCCAAGGAUAUGUUGAUGAAGGCAUAUGCAAAGGGAAAUAUGCGCAGGUUUAUCAGUGCCAACACUACCUACAAAGGUUACAACGGAAACAUGUCUGUGUAUGAUUUCCAUGACGAGGACUCGGAUGUUGAUACCAACAACAACGACGAUGACGAGAGCGAAUAUUUGGAAACUUCAUCUCAGAGUGCUCUUGAUUACUUCAUUCCUCGCCCCAGUAGCUACGAGGGAUACAAUCACCCUUUUAAGACUGUUGUGGAGAGAAAUAAAGAAAUAGAGCAGAUAGAAUUAAAGGCGAGGAUUUUAGAUUGGUACCAAAAUGGGGCCACUGAGAGCGAGCAGUCGCAGGAAGAGGAAGACGAAGGGGAGUCCGUUUUUUCAGAUCUCCAAACCGGGCAGACCGUCAUGGCGUCAGCUUCGUAUGUUGCUACUGGCAGGACGAAUGGACUAGUCGCCACGCCCCCUACCUCAAUAAACGGCAGCCCAAGGAAGAAACGCGGGCGAAAAUCUCGAGCUGAGAAGCUUCGCCUCGAGGCCCUGGCUCAUCUUGAGGCGCAGGCAAAACAGGUGCCACAGUCUCCCAACAGGGGGCGUUGUCGUAGCUUAUCACAGCCACCUGUCCGAGAACAACAAACUCAGCUAUUCACCAACGCCGUGGAUCCAGCUCAAAUCAACGGCGUGCGCAAAACUGAGGUGAAUCUCAAUCACUUAAAGAACAGUGUAAAGAACUAUUUUGGUGCCGUGGAUAGACUGGCAAAGGGGGAGCGUUUCACUGUGCUGGCCAGAAGGGUGACGCCAGAUGGGAGAGUGCAAUACCUCGUGGAGUGGGAAGGCAUGGCGCCUUAAAGGAAAAACUGCCAUAACAGUUAACUAAAAAAAAACAAUACAAAGAUUUUUUGUAGUGGCUAUAGACCUGUGACUUAAAACAAGUACCGUGAAAGUUGUUAAUGAUGUUUUAACGCAGCCAAACGAAUUGUGCAGACAGUUUUUUUUUUUUACAAUCCUGGUACCUUCUGGUACUGCAUCAAAAUGUGGCAGUUCUUAAACCUGGUUGGGACUGACGAUCUCUUAUUCACCAUGAGAACGAACACUUCGUAUAACUGCAUAUAUAUUUGAAAACGAAACUAUUCACAGUUAUAUCAAUUAUAGACAGAUUUACAUUACAGAGUCUAGUGAAAUGGCACUCGUUUAUACUUUUCUUAUGGUAUAUAAAUAUUGAUAAUCUUCUUACAGUAAUACAGAAAAACCAGCGUCAUUUUAAAGUAUUAAAUAUAAUUUGUACGUCUGUUGUUAAAGGCGGAUGUAUUUCACUUCUGUCAUGGAGUAUCCGUAUUCAGUUAUAGAUAGUGAAGUACAAGUUGAAUAUAUAACUUAAAAUUUCAGCUGCAAUAGUAUCUUUUUUCCCCAUAUAACUUCUUAAAGUGUGAACGGUUCUGAAAUGUAAUUUUUCCACACAGAAGUAGCAUCAGACUAAUUGACUUCCCCAAUUCAAAAUGUUCGUCAGUUUUUUAUCAUAACAUUAGAAAUUUGUAAUGAAUCAGUUUUAUUUUAAAGAAAUGAAAAAUAAAAUUGUUACGAUGUUUAUGAUUAGAGUAUGAUUUGUAUUUUCGUUGAGGCAGAAAUUGACAUGAGAACGAAUACUUUUUUAUCACUGCAUAUAUUUGAAAUCGAAACUUUUCAUAGUAAUAUCAAUUAUAAACAAAUUUACA